AUGUCGCCGAAUGAAGUGCUAGCCGGUCUCCUUCCAACGUGUAUUUGUGGGGCACAAUACGAUUCCAGACAAUCCUCUCCACAAAUCCUUUCGUGUGCUCACACCUUCUGUUUGCGGUGUUUGACAAACGAAGAGCAAGCGAAGAAACGCAAAUGUCCACUAUGCAAGGAGAAGUACAAGAAAUUCGCACUCAAUGUUGCACUUUUGGAAACGAUUGAAAGGAUCAUUCUGCGACGGGACACGAUGGAAAAUAUCUCAAGACGCUGCGAUGACUGUGAUCAGCGUUGGCCAAUGGCACAAAUGAGGCGUUGUCGGAGUUGCGAGGAUGCAAUCGCGUCAGCGAUGGUUUCGGGUCGUCAAGCUUCUCCACAACAAGUCGUUUGCAUCGUUUGCCUUCAUUGUGCUGUCGAUCGACACUCGGGACACAAUUUGCCGCAAAUCUACGUUCGUGAUCGUCAUCCUGUUCGAUCGUUUCCUCCAUCGAUGGUCACCAACACUCCACAACCGCAUUUGCCCAGCACACCGCCACCCGGAGACGGGCAAAAGCGCAGCACUUUUCCCUUCAGACUCCGCCCAGACAGCUUCACUUACAAGAGAACCCCGCUUGGCGCCGCUCAAUUCACUUCGCAAUACGAUCAACUGACUGUCAGUGAAAUGUCCGAGGGAUCGAGUCAGAAAACGCAUAGCCCUACGUCGUCGGGACACUACUCGAGACGGCCAUUGCCACCAAUUCCACAAUCGGCCGGUUAUUUGGGAAACUCGAUGCCAACAUAUUACCUGAAU